GCAACAUGUCGGUGCCAGUAGCUCAGUUAGUGUCGGUGGUUGUGUUGGUAGCCCUGGUCGGAGCACAGAACGAGUGCAUGCCGCCCAAGCCCGGGGAGAAGCACGCCCACCCCAGUGAGUGCUGCAAGCUGGACACCGUCAUCCCGGAAAGCGUCAAGGUGAACGGACCCAAGUGUAUGGAGAAGUUCCCGCACCCUCCGAAGCCCCCUGGUCCACCCCCGAGCGGAGCGAUGCCCACCCCCGACCCGGCGAUGAAACUGCACCACGCCUGCGUCGGCGAGUGCGUGUUUUCCGAGAGCGGACUCCUGACUGCUGACAAACGCCUGGACCGAGCUGCGGUCACCAGGGUGUUCACGAAUUCGGACAAAGACUUGGGCCCCGUGGUGACGGCGGCGAUCACCAAGUGCCUCGGCUCCUACCAGAACGACGUAGAUCAGAGCUUGGAGUGCAAGAGUGGUGCGGAGGAGUUCAAGAAGUGCCUGACGCGGGAAGUCUUCCUCAACUGCCCGAGCUCCGUGUGGAUCUCCUCGAGCGAGUGUAGUAGCCUCAAGACGAAGAUCACCAACUGCCCCCAGUUCCCCGUCAAGAUAGGAGGACCUGGCCCUGGCCCCCGCUAGGUAACCAGUAGCUCCCUUGAAUUUGCAAUUGGUUUUAAACAAAUUGCGCUGAAAUAAAUUGAUGAAAAAGAA